CGAACGUUUAAAAAUUACCUGCUUUUUCAAAGUUCGGUGUUUUCUCUUUAGUCCCUGAAGCUUUUCCCUUUCCUCUUCUUAAAAACGAAAAGCAGGAUAAAACAACAAACAACACACACACACACAUACACAUACCACAUACAAAUAACGAAACAGAAAAAAAGAAACACAAUGCAGAUCCCGUCAAUGCAGCGGCGGAAUCUCGUCUUUCUUGCUGCACUGUUAAUUCUCUUGUUUACUGUAUUCCAUUUACAUCAAUCUUCGGUCGUUGUCCCAGAUGAAACUGUCAUUAAUACAGUACCACCACCAGUACCACAACAACAACAACAACAACAACCAGCACCGCAAGAACAGGAUCAACAAACACAACCACCUCUUGAUAAUGUUGAAGCAGAACAACCACCAGCUGACCCAUUAGCACCAUCUUUGGAUCAGGAACCAGAAAAGCCGAUCGAGCCACCUGUUGACAAUGCCAUUUCUCCUCCUCCUCCUCCUCCCCAGGAUCCAGUGAAAACAACUGAACUGUCAGCUUGUGAUAAUGUUGAUUUCGGCUGGCUGAAACUUUACGACCAAAAACAUAUUUGUCAAACAAGGCAGCUCAACCUGUGUUAUUGUCAUGUUACAAAAAGCUUGGACCGAUCCCUGCCAAAUCCGCCAUUCGACCCGAAGAACAUCUUGCACCAGCAGAUAGUCUUGUCAUGACUGCGACAAUUACCAAUUAGAUACUCGGAUCGAGUACCGAUCAUAUUUCUGGGAAACGCCCACCAAACAUUACUAUCGCCCGUAU